AUAACAUAAACUUUCUAUUUUUAUUCUCAGUUUAUCAACUUAGUCAUACUUGUUUCCCGCAACUGAGCUAGUUUCAGUAGGUUGCUUUCCACCUAGAGUUAUUUUACUAUGUUAGAUUUUCAAUUCGGUUAGUCAUAUACAUAGUGGCUAAACAUAUUUGAAAGAAAGAGAAGAACGAAUGAUAUGAGAAGUAUACAGAAUAAAAGAUCACUGGGUAUAUACAUUCGAUGUCAUAAACAUUGUAAAAGUUAGGACUAAUCAGAGUCAAUAUUUCAAUAUUCGUUAAUAUAUAAAGUUAAACAUAAACGUAUACAUUUUGAAGUAAACAAGGUUUGAAAAAUUCAUAAACUUGCUAAAGAAAGAUUAAAUGAUUAUCAUAAUAAUAAGUUUAUUGUAUUCUCAACAUAUUUAAUAACAUAGUAGGUUGUGUUUAAAAUGUUAAUUGAGUAUAAAUUUAUAAGAGAAAUAGAUUGUAAACAGGGAGCUGUACGAGCUGUACGAUUUACUGUUGAUGGCGCUUAUUGUUUAACCUGUGGCUCUGACAGAAAAUUAAAAUUAUGGAAUCCACACAGAGGUGUUGCUUUAAAAACAUAUGGUGGACAUGGCGAUGAAGUAAUGGAUGCUUGUUCAUCUUGUGAUAGUAGUCAGAUUGUUUCUUGUGGUUUAGAUAAAUCAGUUAUUCUUUGGGAUGUGUCAACAGGAACACCAGUUCGUCGUUUAAGGGGUCAUGCAGGUCCAGUUAAUGCAGUAAGGUUUAAUGAAGAAUCUUCUAUGGUUGUUUCUGGAUCAAGGGAUAAUUCAGUUAUGUUAUGGGAUGUACGUUCCAAAGUACUAGAACCUGUACAAUGUUUAAAUGAAGCCAAAGAUUCUAUUUCCAGCAUCAGAGUUUCAGAUCAUGAAAUUCUAUCAUCUUCAUUUGAUGGUAAAAUUCGUAGAUAUGACAUUCGUGUGGGUGAAAUGUAUGCAGAUUAUAUGGGAGAUGCAGUAACAUGUUCCAGUUUCACAAGAGAUGGACAGUGCAUAGUAGUCAGUUGUGCAGAUGCUGUAAUUAGAUUAAUAGACAAAGAUUCAGGAGAAUUGCUUGGAGAAUUUACAGGUCAUAUAGCAAAUAAUUUAUGCUUGGAAUCAAGUGUAGACACCCAAGAUACUCGUAUUCUUUCUGGAUCAGCAGAUGGAAAAUUAUGGAUAUGGGAUCUAGUAUCACAGAAAGUAGUUACAAAGCUUUCAGGAUUUAAACCAACCAAACAUCCAAUAGUGUCACUGAGUGUACAUCCACAAACAAACUGUUUUCUAGCUACUAAUGGACCCAACAUAUUAAUGUGGAGUACUAUAUCUUCAGUGCAAGAAUAAUAUUUUCAUAACAAAAUUUAUAAUUGUAUAUUUUGUAUAUAAUAUUUUAAGUGUAAUAUACUAACAAUUAACAUUGCA